AUGCCUAGAAUCAAGCACAGAGCGAAUAGGAAGAGAACGCUGAAGCUCGAGCUUUCGGCAAGCUCUGGGUCGAAUGGCGACUUCAAGGAGGCUGCUGAAACCAUCCCGUCGGAGGCGAUUGAGGAGCAGAGUCCCACCAGCUCAGAGCACACACCGACCGAAGCUGAGAUUCUGCCACCGCCUCCCCCUGUCGCCAGCCCUCAAACCAAACGGCCGGCCCAAUCUGUCCUUAGCCCUAGCCCAACCAAAAAGAUUAAAACACCAAAAGUGCCUCAACCGCCUCCUGCUAAAGCUAAAGCCACAAAAUUCGCCUCUGUGUCUGAAAGGAAGCGUCGCUCCCGGAUGGUCGCUAUUCCCCAGCUUCCUCCAACACCAAGCUCUUCAACCGAGCUCCUCCAAGCGUAUCACGGUGGUCCCUACGGGCCAGGCAGCAUUCUAGAAGUUCGUUGA